AUGUCACUAAAUGUUCAGAUUGAAGGCAAGAUUAGUGCACAUGAUUCCACUUCUAUUGAUGCCAGUUCAGCGUUUUUUGAGGAGGUCAAAGAUGAUUAUUCAGCUACAUCUAUUGCUGUCCCAAUACCAUUGCAAAAGACCAUGAAUGAUGACACAUAUUCCUAUGAUGCUCCACAAGAUGUUGAAGAGAUUGUGCAUCAAAACCCAUGUGAGAAUGAGAACCACAUAGCCAAAUUGAUUGUUUUCCAUGCAAGCUAUAAAGAGAUGGCUGCUCUUAACACCGCUACACAACUAGAGACAUUUGAGACAGUAGCACUAUAG